CCUGCCCCGGCGGGAGAAGGUGGCGGCGGCGGGAGCCUUAGGAGACAAAAGGGAGGGAAAGCCGCGGGCUGCGGCGCUCGGCACACGUGAAUUUUCUGCAGUACGCUCGUUUCCAUUAAACUUUGCGUGUACUUCGUGCACACGGUGAUGGGGAGCGCUGGGAAGGGCAGGUGGCGCCGACUCCCAGCCGGUGUGUUACUCCGUGCCCCCAACCCCGACUGAUGCAGGGAUCACCCCCUGCUCCUCCGUAAGAACUGAGAGAAUGGCCGUAAUUUUGGGGGGGGGGAAUACAAGGCCUCUCUGUAGUUUUUGCCAGAUGUGCCGCGAUUACUUUGAGCAGUGGCAUGAAUUAAGUUUGACUGCCUCAUGAGGAAAACUGCUUUUUUAAAUGGGUUCGCGCACACGUGCAUCUGCAGCACCCACCCACUUGUGCUUUCAAGUUGUUUAUUCACACUUUACUAGAAGCCCAUUCUAAACCUACGGAAAACUGAAGAAAGGGAAGCUUUAAUUUUACGUGGUUGGUCAUUAAGUUCAAACACCGAUUCUUAGGCACUGGAUUUAAUUUUUUAAGUUACUCUUGCUUAUUUUUUUUUUUUAAAUCCAUUUGCAAGAUCGGAAUUACUCAGCUUACCACUGGAGCCUGAUUUCUUCCUUCAGCAAUUUAUUAGGGGAGAGUGUGUUUUUACAUCAGUUCUUAUAUUUUUGGAUCCUUAAUGGCAUGAGUGGUCCCCUUACGGUAACUCCCAUGUCGUGCUCUGCAAGCAGGUACCUGUGAUGCUGCAGCGUCUUCAUUUGGGUUCCCUCAAGUUCCAGAUAUGUUUGGAGGCCUGUGUGGAAGCUGGAAUUUUUGUGUAUAGCUGUGUGCUCUAUUCUCAGGCACGAAGUCACUCAUUUAAUUAUACAAUCCAAAACAAAAGUGGUUUUCUGCUCUUUUACUGUCAUCAGAAUUAGACCUUGUACCUGGUCUUGCUUCUUCUGUGUAGCUUUUCACCUGAUUAUUCACCGCUAAUGAUCGCUCUCUGUUUCAUAUAAAAAAUACUUGGAAUUCCAAGAAGCUUUGAUUAUCUCUGCAAGGCAAGAGCAGCAUUACGAGCAGUGGGAUGAGUGACUUAAUUGAGUAUUUUUCUGGUACAAGUGCUUGAAAAGAAAAAAAAAAAAAUCAGACAUGACCCAGAGCAACAGCAGGAAGAGGGUAAAAAAGUUCUGACGCCUGUCUUCAGUGCCAUCAUGUGAGCCCACGUGGAACAACGUGACUCUGUUUACCAGCUGCAGCGGGUGGCACGGUGUCGUUUAUCUCAAAAACUCCUGGGGAAAUACAUGUGAGAUUCGGGAGGAGUUUUGAAGCCUAUGGGUGAGGAGUGUGAGUCUGUAAAGCAGAAUUUUGAAGCAGAUAAAUGGUGUUUAUUUCAGAGCACAGCGGGUCGUCGUGCCGGGCGCGGGAGUGGUGGGUGAGGGAUCAGAAAUCCUGCGACGUGCAAAACAAAGAUCUUUGCUGCAGAGAUGAAAACUGUGCUAAUGCAAGUGGUAACUGAGGUGUGGUGUCCUUACCCACUGCGUGAGGGACCUCUGAGGGACCUUCACGCUUUCUCCCCAUCACCUUGAACAACAUUGAUGCUACUGCGAUUUCUCCGCCCCUUUGUUGCUAUUCUCAUCCGACGGGCCCUGGAACAAGACUGAUGUUGCUGCUCCUGUAAAAACACAUGUCCUCAAUCUGCUGUUUGUCAAGGAUGCGACACAGGAACAUCUUGGAAGGGGAAUGCCUUUGCUGAGCAGGUUACACAGCAGCAUUGCUGGUGUGGCUGCACUGCAUCCCUGAACCAUUGACCGAGGACACUAUUUGUUAAUUCAGCCAUAUUUAGGAUUAAAGUCUUGUCAGGACAUCAGCUAUCUAAAAAUAGUACACCUCUGUACACCUCUUGAAACAGUGCAAAGCAUCCGCAUAAAGUCUUGGUUAAAAAGCAAAGCAAACCCAUUUUUUACAUCAGCUUACAAUGCACUUUCUGUGGCUGCUUUUGAACCGUUGUACUUUGGAUUUCCCUAAAUACCUGUUGCAUUGUUUGCUGUGCUUUCAGGGUAAGAGCUUUUGGGGAAAUUUCCUGAAUUUGCUGAUAUGCUCAGCACUGGGCUUUGUAUAAAUGUUUGUUAUGUUAUAUAAGUUUAGUCCCCAAAAGCUGUAGCCAAAAAAGGCCCAGCUUGUGCCACAGAUAGGCAGUGCUGGCCCCUUCCCAGGGCAGAGGAUGUUAGGAGGGAUCCUGCUGUUGGCAGGUGGAGUUGGACAGGGCAGAGCUUGGGACAGACAGUGUGGGAAAGUCAGGCUGCCCAUACUCCAAAUUUCCAAAAUUCCCCUUAGGCUGUUGCCCAGGUAGCUGAGUAAUGGGAUCCCUCCUGCAGUGACCAAGAGCUGGAGUGGCUUUCCACCCAGUGCCUAUCUGUGUGGGGAUGGAGCCCUUUGCCAACUGGGAGUUGUUUAUGGAUUGUUUAUUGGUGAAGGAACCUGUUUGAUGCUUCUGGUGGAGGCUGAAGGUGGAGCAGGGUGUGGGUGCAGCUGGAAUCAGAUGUUGCUCCCAGGCUUUAGCAGCAGACUUGGCACAAGUGUGGAAUCCCUCCUGAAGCAGUGAAAGGGAUUGUGUGGGACUUGUGCUGAGAAGUACCUGUGCAGAAGUAGCUGCUGCUCUGGGCUCCAGCCUGAGGCAGAUUUCCACAGCCCAGGCAGGCAGAGCACAUGGAGCAUCAGUCUUCAAGAGGAAACUCCUAAUGGAGGGUCCUGCUCGUGCCCUGAUCCUGAGUAAUGACUGUUCUUGUGCAUAUCUUUGGCUUGGCUUUUGUUGCAGUAGUAGCAAAUGCUUUAUCUAUUUUCAAACAGGGCUCUGCUAGUUUGGUGUGUCGUGUUUCCUCUCCUCUUGUGCUCCUCCCUCUCGCAGGCUCUCUCUUUCUCCUUCCCAUUCUCUUCUUGACCAAUAUACUUUCUGUUUCUGCAGCCUGAUCUCUCUCAGACUUGGGUCAUGAUCUUUGUGUUGCUUUGCCCCUCACUGGGUUAUUGGGAAAAUUGCUUAUUUGAAGAGGAGAGCCUUUUCAUGGUUAGAAAAGGGAGAGCUAUCUGCUGUUGUGAUCUUAGCCAUAAAUCAUCAGACUUUUUGCCAUAAUUUAGUCAUUGAGGAGCAAUAGAUAGUGUUCAUGCAAGUCCUUAAUACAGGCUGACAAAAAUGAAGUGAAUGUAGAUCAUCCUUAUUUAAUUGUGAAAGCAAAUUGGUGAGUUACCAUUUCAUGGAAGGCAGUGACAGAGAUGAGAUUUGUUUUCCCAGGUUUUCUGAUACUCAUUACCACAAUAUACCUCAGCCUUUAGAAAAAAUCUGUGACUUUACCUCUAGUUUUUAGGUUCUUGGGAUUAUUGUGUUUAUUAAAUAAGUAAUCUGCCUUUCAGAGAUAAUUUUUUAAGCUACUGUUCAGUAGAAUGUUGCACUGGGCCUUGUUUCUGCAGUCACUGGGGGUUUUAACAACUUUAAUUUCUUUAACUUUCCAUUGAUACUCCUGCAGGGACAUUAAUGUGUUUGGAUGUGCUCUGGGCCUUCACAAAGGGAUGUUUACAUAAUAUGGAAAGUAAAAGUCAUUCAGAACUAACUUCAUCUUUUGUAUUUUGGCAGGUUUAAAAAAUGGCUGAAGAUGGCAGUGAUGAGAUUAUGUUUAUUUGGUGUGAGGACUGUGGGCAGUACCAUGAUUCAGAGUGUCCUGAGCUGGGCCCAGUGGUGACAGUCAAAGACUCCUUUGUCUUGAGCAGGGCAAGAUCAUCUCUGCCUCCUAAUUUGGAGAUAAGACAACUGGAAGAUGGGACUGAAGGAGUGUUUGCUCUGACCCAGCUGGUGAAACGCACCCAGUUUGGCCCAUUUGAAUGCAAGAGAGUUCUCAAGCUGGAAAAAGAAACGGAUUUUCCCCUGAAGGUGUUCCAGAAGGAUGGGCCCCUGGUGUAUUUUGACACCACAAACGAGGACGAUUGCAACUGGAUGAUGAUGGUGCGGCCGGCCACCGAGUACGAGCAUCAAAACUUAACUGCCUUCCAGCAGGACAACGACAUUUACUUCACCACCUGCCAGGACAUCCCACCAGGGACUGAGCUGCGAGUGUGGUAUGCAGCUUUUUACGCCAAAAAAAUGGAAAAGCCAAUGCUGAAGCAGGUCCCUAGUGUUGCCAAUGAUAUGUGCUUGGCAGCGAUGGAAUCUGAUAAAGAGGCGAAUAAGGUCUCUUCAAAAACUUCUUCUGCUGUCUUACCCCAUAAAAAAACGAAAAAAUCCAGUAUAUCAGCAGCUGAUCCAGCAGUGAACCCUCCAGAAGGCAGUGGAACAGCAGAAGCAAAGCCCAUCCAGUGGACGUGUAAAGUGUGUUCAUUUGCUUUCCAAGAGCCUCAGCUGCUGACAGAGCACUUGCUGAGUCACCUGGAACAAGCCAAAGGUGCCCCCCAACCCAGCCCAAAUGAUGCUGUGGCAGAGAAGGCAGCAGAGGCUCUCCCCACGGACCUGCCAGUGCCCAGCGAUGCAGCCAGUGCCAGCACAGACUCCAGGAGAAAGGCCAGGAGGGGGAGAAAGGCCAAAACAGCAAAAGCAGAAGCACCUCUUGUCAUUGAUGAAGAGAAAGAUCCUGCAGUGGGACACGUGGCUGACGUUGUAACUGAGGUCCCUGCAGAAGAGGUAGCUCUGCCUCCACCUGCAGAGGAGAGGAUUAUGGAUUUGGUUUUAGGAAAGAUGCCUAGCACCACAAAUAGCAUCAGUUCAGUGACAAAUAGGUUUGCUCAUCACCAAAACACCAUGUCCCUCAAAAGAAGUUUAAUUCUCUCUAGUAGACACAGGAUACGGCGGAAGCUGAUAAAGCAGCUUGGGGAGCACAAGCGGGUCUAUCAGUGCAGUAUCUGCAGUAAGAUCUUCCAGAACAGCAGCAACCUCAGCAGGCACAUCCGUUCUCAUGGUGACAAACUGUUUAAAUGUGAGGAAUGUUCAAAGCUGUUCAGCAGGAAGGAGAGCUUGAAGCAGCACGUUUCAUACAAGCACAGUAGAAACGAAGUUGACAGUGAGUACAGGUACAAAUGCAACACCUGUGAAAAGGCCUUUCGGGUAGAGAGUGCACUGGAAUUCCAUAACUGCAGGACAGAUGACAAGACUUUCCAGUGUGAGAUGUGCUUCAGAUUCUUUUCUACAAACAGCAACCUUUCAAAACACAAGAAAAAGCACGGGGAUAAGAAGUUUGCCUGUGAAAUCUGCAAUAAGAUGUUCUACAGGAGGGAUAUCAUGCUAGACCAUCAAAGAAGACACUUGGGAGGGGUGAGGCGUGUGAAAAGAGAAGACUUUGAGCACAGCACGGAGAACAUGGUUCGCUACAAGAAGGAGCCUUCGGGGUGCCCCGUGUGUGGGAAGGUAUUUUCAUGUAGGAGCAACAUGAACAAACACCUUCUAACACACGGAGACAAGAAAUACACUUGUGAAAUCUGUGGACGUAAAUUUUUCAGGGUGGAUGUGUUGAGAGAUCAUAUUCAUGUCCAUUUUAAGGACAUAGCCCUCAUGGAUGAUCACCAGAGAGAAGCAUUCAUUGGUAAAAUUGGAAUCUCAUCAGAGGAAAAUGAUGACAACUCUGAUGAAAGUGCAGAUUCUGAGCCUCACAAGUAUAGCUGCAAAAGGUGCCAGCUGACUUUUGGCAGAGGGAAGGAGUACCUGAAGCACAUCAUGGACGUGCACAAGGAGAAGGGCUACGGCUGCAGCAUCUGCAACCGGCGCUUUGCCCUGAAGGCGACGUACCACGCGCACAUGGUCAUCCACCGGGAGAACCUGCCUGACCCCAAGGUGCAGAAAUACAUCCACCCAUGUGAAAUCUGUGGAAGGAUUUUUAACAGCAUAGGAAAUCUGGAAAGACAUAAGCUUAUACAUACAGGUGUAAAAAGUCAUGCUUGUGAGCAAUGUGGCAAAUCAUUUGCUAGGAAAGACAUGUUAAAAGAACAUAUGCGGGUCCAUGAUAAUAUCCGAGAAUACUUGUGUGCAGAGUGUGGCAAAGGAAUGAAGACAAAACAUGCACUUCGUCACCACAUGAAACUUCACAAAGGGAUUAAGGAAUAUGAGUGCAAGGAAUGCCACCGAAAAUUUGCACAGAAGGUCAAUAUGCUGAAGCAUUACAAGAGACACACAGGAAUCAAAGAUUUCAUGUGUGAGCUCUGUGGCAAGACGUUCAGCGAGAGAAAUACAAUGGAGACUCACAAGCUCAUUCAUACAGUAGGAAAACAGUGGACGUGUUCAGUGUGUGACAAGAAGUAUGUCACUGAUUACAUGCUGCAGAAGCACAUCCAGCUCACUCACGAUAAGGUGGAAGCCCAGAGCUGCCAGCUGUGUGGGACAAAGGUUUCUACCAGAGCCUCCAUGAGUCGGCACAUGAGGCGUAAACAUCCAGAGAUCCUUUCAGUGAAGAUUGAUGAUUUAGAGCAGCUGCCAGAGACAACAACCAUUGAUGCCUCUUCCAUUGGGAUUGUACAGCCGGAAUUAGCAUUGGAACAGGGAGAAUUACCAGAAGGGAAACAGCACAUUAAAGCUCCUAAACGUGGCCAGAAACGAAAACAAAAGUCUGGUGAGGAGGAGGAAGCUCAAGUGCCUGAGGAUCCUGCCUUCAGUGAAUACACAGAGAAGGAAGGUGAAUUCACGGGGAAUGUUGGAGAUGAGACUAAUUCAGCUGUACAGAGCAUCCAGCAGGUGGUGGUGACCCUCGGCGACCCAAACGUCACAGCCCCUUCCAGCUCUGUGGGGCUCACAAAUAUCACCGUCACCCCCAUCACGACAGCAGCUGGGACCCAGUUCACAAACCUCCAGCCCGUGGCCGUGGGCCACCUGACUGCCCCGGAGCGCCAGCUGCAGCUGGACAACUCCAUCCUCACCGUCACCUUCGACACCGUCAGCGGCUCCGCGAUGCUGCACAACCGCCAGAGCGACGUUCAGAUCCAGCCCCAGCCAGAGGCUGCCAACCCCCAGUCCGUGGCCCACUUUAUAAACCUGACCACCCUGGUGAACUCCAUUGCUCCUCUGGGGAACCAGAUUUCGGAACAGCACCCCCUGACCUGGAGGUCGGUGCCUCAGACUGAUGUCCUGCAGCCCCAGGCACCGGCGACGCAACAGCAGCCGGGGCAGCAGCCGGUUCAGACAGAGCAGCAGCAGCAGCAGAUGUACAGCUAUUAAUUUAUAACUUUGGGAAGUUUUGAAAUGGACUGUACUCAGAGACAAAAAAAAAAAAAAAAAAAGGAAAAUUUCCAAUAGGAUUGUUUGCUGGAUACCAAACAGAGACGGGAAAAUGUUUAUGCAUUGAGGUGUGAGGUGAAAUUGGCGUAGCAACACCCUGCAACACCCCUGAUCUGAGAUUCUCAUGCUGUCUCUAGUCCUUGCACUGUCUUAACAACAACAAAAAAAAAAAAAAAAAGGAAAAAAAUCUCAAAAUCUCACCACAAAUUCAGCAUCCCCUUACACUUGUGCAGUAAGAUUGAGAUUUGACAGGUGCAUCAUUAUACACCUUAACCAAAGCAGGGAAAUCCUAAAUAUUACGGCACUUGUGAUGUACAAAACCCUUUCAGCCAUACCAUGUCACUUCUCUCCAGUCUGGAAGUGAAAUAUGAAGACCUUGUUCUCAGUGAGUGGAAUGUACUUGUGGUCAGCUGGUAGAGACUGAAAUGUGAAGACACAAACGGGCAAAACAGUAAUUGUCUUUGUUUCUUAUCUUCUUUAGGUCUUAUAUCUUAACAACAUUGGUAAACUAGGUGGAAUUUGGGGCUUUGGGGUGGGCAUGAGUGUGGUGUGGAAGAAAAUAUACCAAUUUUACAAAGUAUUUCCAUUUUAGUCAUGGGAAAAACCCUGUACCCAUCACACAGUGUUAGUGCUACUUGAAUCAGACAGCUGGUCUGAUGCUAAAGCAACUUUUAUGGUCUUCUAGUCAAGUUUGAAUCAAACCAAUUACAAACUGGAAAAAAAAAAAAAAAAAGAAUGUGAUACAGUUUUCUGUAAUUUUUCAAACCUGCUCUUUCAAUCUUGCUUUUAGCUAAUAGGCCUGAAGAGCAAUCAGUCCCCUUUGAUCAAGUUCAGGAUGUGAAUUUUUUUCAACUAGACUUAUUUCAUCGUGUACUAAACAUUUGAGAAAGCAUUUUUUUAUAUAUAUAUAUAUACAUAUACAUAUAUAUAUAUUUAAUGGCCAGUCUUCGCGAGCGAAGAUCCGGGGAAGGUCUUUCCACCUUCCAGCCUGCGCAUUGGAUUUUUUAGGUGAGACACAGUGUGCGCGGAACUGAGCCCACCCUUUAAUCCUAAGGUUCAUCUGCCGGGGCCAAGCGAGCUUGGACGGUGGCAGCGAGGUCUUCAGGACGUAGAUGGAUUGCCUUUUACAGGGUUAACGAGCUCCACCUGCCCGGGGAGUGUCCCCGACCGGGAAUCGAUAUAUUAUAUAUAUAUAUAGCCUUUGUACUUUACUGUGUGUUCCUGGUGAAUAUUUGUGUGAAAAACACUGUUGCCAAUACGAUUCAUUAAUUUUUUUUUCAUCCCCGUGUUGCCUUUUCUCACAGAAAUAACAUACGGAUUCUGUUCCUUCUGUUUCCAGAAGUAUUUCCAAAAUCCAUGGCCACACACGCAGGGCUGUGUGAAAUGCAGGAAAAGGGAAUGUCUGAAGCAUGUUCUGUGUGCUGCCACAUGGAGUCAGUGUGCCCCAGUGUAUAACGGGCAAGGUUUGCAUGACUGUUGGGGAUACAAAUAGUGGGUUGGGUCAAAGACAUCUUUGCUGACACUUCACUCUCAUUCUGUUCUCCAUACAUUGAUGUGCAGUCUGGACUUUUGCAUGUCAAGAAGGUAGUGUUGUUCCCACAGGAAAAAAAAAAAAAAAAAAAAGAGAGCUGAUAGCAAAAAGGAAUAAACUAAAAAAAUAUAUAUAUAUAAUAUGUUGCUGCCUGGAAUCCUGAAAGACAAAUCUGUCCUUCCAGCUCAAGAACAAGGUCUUUUUGGGGCAGCUGACUGAGCCACAGAACCUUGCUGGAGGUUCUCGCUGAGGAUAAAGCAGCUGCUGUGUUUGACAGUGAGAAUGGGUUGAUGGUUGUAAAAAUCCUGUCUGUGCCUAUCACAGUUAUGAAAAUGUUCUUUAUAUUAGCAAAAAUACAAAUAGGAACGACUUCAGCUUUGAAAGUCUCUCUUAACAUGGACUACUUGACCCCUAAAGGAUGCCUUAUGAUCUCUGCAACAAAUUCUUCCAAAGUAUAAAUGUCUGGAUAUUAAAAUUAACCUCCAGUGGUUUUUUUUUGUGCCAUAACAGCGUCCAGAGCCUUGCUAUGCCAGACUCUGUGUAAAGCUGCAGGACAUGUAUGAGAAGGGGGUUUCUGGUGACAGAUUUUGUGUGUCAGAGAAGCAGUACUAACUUUUCUGUAAAUGUCAACAAGUCUAUAAAAUGUCUGCAUGGGGGAGACCUGUAUUUGAUGGGAAAGAGAAUUUUUCAUUCCCUACCCCCUUUUGUCUUCCUCAGAUACUUUUCACACAAUAUAAUGAGAUCCUGUAAUUUUUUAGAUUCCCAAUAUCCCAGGAAGCAGAGUUCCUGGAUUAUUUCAUCACUGGCUUGAGCUAAUUAAGUUUCUCCUCAGCUGUCUUGUCCACAGAUGCUUCCCUUUCACACCAAGCCCGCUGGGCAAGAGGAAGCUAGGUUUUAUUUACAAAAUAUGCUGUUUAUGUACUUUAAACUUCUUUUUUUCCCGUGUUUGGUGCCUAAUUGGUACAGGCACGUUAUCUGUUGGCAGGGUACUUUGGAGAGAGGGGGGGAAAAAAAAGGGAAGGAAGGCAAAUGGAGAGGUCCUAGAUCGAGUUGUUGUGGUAAAUAAAGAUGGCUAACAUCUAAAAAGAUACAUAUCUAUAUAUAUAUGUACACACAGAUGGAGGGUUACAGUGCUGCAUAUAGAAUUUCUACAACAAAGUUUUGUUUAGACAUGUAAAUAGUGAUUAAGGUUUUAACAGGGGGAAAAAAAGAAGGGUUUUGCCUUAGCAGAGUCCAUCUGCUCCAUGUUAAUACUACUGACAGUAGCACUGAUGGCUGCAUUUAAUCAACCUGCAUCAUUUUAACACAUAAUUUCCUGUUUGAUAAGAACUGCACAUGGAGGUAAUGGACCACUAAGAGACCUCUCUGGCUUUACAAAACCUCUUUACCCUGAUGUGGUGCCCUGGUUUUCUGUACUCUCGUGUAGCCCAGCCUGCCACCCACACCACCUGGCCUUCAUAUUCCCAUCCAGGCAGGUGGGAUCUUGCCUUUCUGGGAGGCAUUGAUUCCAACUGAUUUCAGAAGGAAUGAUCACACAGUGAGUGCUUGCAGGUUGGUGGUCACGUAGAAAUGUCCAUCACUUGUCUCUCAGUAUCCUCAAAAUCUUAUAAUUGGAAGGCACCUCAAAAGAUGAUCUGGUCCAGCCUUUUUUGGGCAAAGGGAGCUUGGGUGAGGUUACAGAUUCAUAGAAUAAUCAUUAUCCAGCACCCUAUCCAAUUGCAUCUUUACAAUCUCCAGUGACAGGGACUCCACCACAUCCCUGGGCAGGUUGUUCCAGUGGAUGGUUGUUCUUCCUUAGAAAUUAUCUUAAAUAAUAUUCAGGAAGGAAAAAUAUAACCACUGGAAGGGCUUUGGCUGUGUCAGGCAAUAGAAAGUUUUCUACAGGCUGAUCUUCCCAGAGCACUCCUUUGAGACAGGAGAGUGACUUUCCCUUGCUAUGGUACCUCAUCAUCUCUCAGCAUGACUUUAUCAUUACUACUGUUAUCAGCAUCCCUACAAGAACACAACUGUAUCUUGGGUGUGCUGCACCAUGAAAAAAAAAAUUUUUCAAAAAACAAAAUUCUUGUGUUUGCUUUUGUUUCAAAUGAUUUUGUUUGGAGAGGUUGGAAAUAGCUGCCUUUCCAGGCAGAGCUUACCUUGGGCAGGCAGUGGCUCUUGUCCAGCAUUUUUCAGGUGAAUACCAAAGUUGUACCGAUGCUGUUUCCAAACUGCACAGGAAACAGAAGCUCCUCAAGGGAUGUGCAAUCCAAAUUUCCUUCCCCCAUUCGUUACCUGCCUCCUCAGCUGUAGGACAUGAAGGUUAUUGGUUUUCAGCCACGGGUGUUGAGAGAUUUCUGCAUAACAACUGUUCAGUCGCAAACUGGAAUUACUUGGAGCCAAAGGAGUGAUGUUGUGUAGUGUUCUGUGUAUUGUCAUUGUUUGCUGAUGAGACUGUUUAAUUGAAUGCUGUCUGUGGCACACGGGCUCUGAAGUAAAAGAGCAUCAAGGUACAGAA